AUGCAUACACAUACCUCAAGCCGACUACUCGAGCUCCUGCUGUGGUUCCAAUUUUGCCUAGCAAGCCAUGCGUCAAUAACCACACUCUCAGCAGCAGUGACACCCACCAUCCCACACCCACCCUCAUACACCUCCCCAGAGCUCUUUAAAGAUACAAUCCUCUCCGCCAGCAACACCUAUCGCCGAAACCACAACGCAAGCGAACUAACCUGGAACGAGACACUAACAAAAUACGCUAGAGACUGGGCAGAGGGCUGCAAAUGGAGGCACUCUGACGGGCCAUACGGCGAGAACCUCGCCUUCGGCUACGCGGACCCCAUCACCGCCGUCUCGGCGUGGGGCGACGAGGGCCAGAAAUACAACUUCAAGCUACCGACAGGCUUUACCGAGGAGACGGGCCAUUUCACGCAGCUGGUCUGGCGGGCCACGAAAGAGGUCGGGUGCGCGGCCGUUGAUUGCGGAUAUAGCGACGGGAGUGAUGCGAAGGAUAAGCACGGGCAGUAUACGAGGGCGCAGGGGUGGUAUGUCGUGUGCGAGUACUCGCCUGCAGGGAAUGUUAUCGGCAACAAUAAUGCGUUCUUCCGGGUGAAUGUGCAGUCGACGAGUACGUACUCCGGGCCAACGGCGACUGGUGCUGAGACUGGUGCUGUUGCGACUUCGACGGGGACCAGUGGUGUGGGUGGAAUGUAUGAUAACCGGUAUUUGGGUGCUGAAACUCGGAAUGUUUUGGUUGGAUUGAUGCUGUUUGUGAAUAUGGUUUAG